CCACACGCACCCUCAUCGUCUAGGGCUUUAGCAGCAACUCUCAGAAAGAAACCUCCAAACCUUAGAGAGAGAGAGCAGCUCAAAAAUGCCGGCUGGACACGGUCUCAGGUCUCGUACUCGCGAUCUCUUCUCGCGGGCCUUCAGGAAGAAGGGUUACAUCCCUCUCUCAACCUAUCUGAAGACCUACAGGAUCGGCGACUAUGUCGACGUCAAGGUUAACGGCGCCGUGCACAAGGGUAUGCCCCACAAGUUCUACCAUGGACGUACUGGUCGCGUCUGGAACGUCACCAAGCGCGCCAUCGGUGUGGAGAUCAAUAAGCAGGUUGGCAACAGGAUUAUCAGGAAGAGGAUCCAUGUGCGUGUGGAGCAUGUGCAGCCUUCAAGGUGCACUGAGGAAUUCCGUUUGAGGAAGAUAAAGAAUGAUCAGUUGAAGGCUGAGGCCAAGGCAAAGGGUGAGGUCAUUAGCACCAAGAGGCAGCCAAAGGGACCCAAGCCAGGUUUCAGGGUUGAAGGUGCAGUCAUGGAAACUGUUACUCCCAUUCCUUACGAUGUCGUCAAUGAUCUUAAGGGAGGCUAUUAGAUCCAUUUUACGGUUGUGUUGGUUAUCACCAAGGACUGGUCUAGUUUAUUAAAGUGUUUCUUUAGUUUUGUUUUCUGAAAAUUUUUGAGGUACUUUCAUCUGUCGCAGCAGAAACUGCUUAGUUUAAUGUUUUAUGAUACAUGAUGUUUUCAAGUACAAUUUUGUGCGAAUAUGGAAAUCUUCUGGAAUUACCUAUGAUAUUUGUGUUUUGUUUUUU